GCAGCAGAAAUAGUCCUGGAUGAAUGGCCAGAGAGCACACCUCCCAGGCCGGAGGAGAGCCACACUACCCUAGGAGUAUCACAAGCCACAGCGUUCCUGUCAUGUGCGGGCACCGCCGCCAGGUGGCGGGGAGGAGGCCCGCGAGGACCCGGCGGGAUCCGGAGGACGGGGAACACCCGCUCGUGUCCGUGACAGAUGACCUGGUGACAGGUCCACCCUGCUUAGAGAAGAGCCCUGGCACCACCCCUUCUGGAGACUCACUUGUCCGCCAUGCCAAGGGCCUGGGCCAAGACACCUUCAAAAUUUGUAAAGAAUAUCUUAGGCCACUGAAGACGUUCCUUCGAAAGUUACACCUGCCCAGGGACCUUCCCCAGAAGAAGAAGCAGAAGUACAUGAAGCAGAGCCUGGUGGUCCUAGGGGACCACAUCAACACCUUUCUGCAACACAACUGCCGCCCCUGGGAAAUCAAGCACUGGCGGAAGGCGCUCUGGCGAUUUGUCUCUCUCUUCUCAGAACUGGAGGCAAAACAGCUUCGCAGGCUCUACAAGUACACCAAGAGCAACCAGGCGGCCAAGUUCCUGGUGUCGUCCUGUCCCCUGGGCGCCCCCAAGAGCUCCUUGCUGGCCAACCAGGAAGACAGUCUGCCCAAGCUCUGCAGUGCCUGGGGGCUGCAUGGCAACAUCAGUGGCAUGAAGGAGAGGCUGUCCAAGUUGCAGGCGCUGGGCCAAGGGGCCUCCCUCCUGGGGGAGCCCCGAUCCCGGGCCCAGGUCAUGAAAGAUUCUCUAAGGAAACUUCCUCACCAAACAAAACUCAAGAGAAAGAGGAUUAAGGAAGGUCCAGAGAUGCCAGAGACCUGCCCGUAGGAACAUCAAGCCGGGACCGAGGUCCCAGAGCACUGUCUCCAGCUCCCCUGUACGCCGGGCGCUGGGACCAGGGAAGGGAAAGAAGAAAACUGUCUUCAUCAAGAGGGUGCUCGGCUCUUAGUUAUGUAUAAAUGGGGUGGGAAAUAAACAAUCUUGAGACAGUUCUACCUUA